AUGGGUAGCCCACUCGGCGUACUUUUCUCAAAUUUCUUCAUGGGCACCAUCGAAUCAGCACUCCUCACCACCGAUCGUCCCUCCAUAUACUGCCGCUACGUGGAUGAUAUUUUCAUACGAGUCAGGAAUCUACAAGAGCUUCAAAACCUCCGCCAACGUUUCAUCAACGCCACUGGACUCAACUUCACCUAUGAAGAGUCAAGCAAUGGACGCCUCCCCUUCCUGGACAUCCUGGUCACUGCCAGCAACUAUGGCUUCAAAACAACAGUCUUCACCAAACCCACCAACCAAGGACUCUGCCUCAACGGGGACAGCGAAUGCCCUAAACGCUACCUAACAUCUACCAUCAGCGCAUACGUGAGGCGAGCCCUCACGCACUGUUCUACAUGGGCAGAAACACACCAAGAACUAGAGCGAGUCACCCAAGUCCUUGUCAACAAUGGAUACUCAAACACUCACGUAUCCCAAACCAUAAAGAAUUACUUAGAUAGAUGGCACAACCAGCAAGACACACCGAGGGAAGAAGAAAAGAUCAAACUAUAUUACCGAGGAUACAUGUCCACCGACUACAGAACAGAAGAGAAAGUUAUGAAGGACAUCAUAUACAAGAAUGUUGCACCUACCGACGAAAAUACCAGAAUCACCCUCACCAUCUACUACAAAUCAAGAAAAACAAGCCAACUCCUACUCCGCAACCGACCUGCUGACUACAAGACGCCCUUGCAAGAGGAUCAUGUCAUCUACCAACACACCUGCAACAGCAAGGAAUGUGGACCUUGCUCAUACAUUGGGAUGACACGAACCACACUUUCAAGACGUCUGACAUGUCACCUUAGCAGUGGAGCAAUCAAGCAACACUACAAUGGAAGAAAUCACAACCAAAUCACUCUCCAGAACCUUGUGGACAACACCGUCAUCAUAGACAGAGAAAACGACCCCCGAAGACUAUUUUUCCUUGAAGCCAUCUAUAUCAACAUAAUGCAGCCAUCCAUCAACAUUCAAACAGAGAACCUACAAAUCCUCCCCACUCUGAAAUGA